GAGACAGAGAGGCGCUGACUGACUGACUGACUGGCCGGGGAGCAGCAGCAGCAGUUCGGCUCGGCUCGGGCAACAGACGGCGGUCCAUAUCUACCUAUUUUCGGCUCUGCUCUCCCCCCUCCACCUCUCUUUUCUUUCCUUUCUUCCUUUUCUGAAGCCGGUUGAGAAAAAAAAAAUGUCAGCCAGACCGGGAUUCUACCGGCAGGAGCUGAACAAGACCGUAUGGGAGGUUCCGGAGCGGUACCAGAACCUGACGCCGGUGGGUUCUGGAGCCUACGGCACGGUGUGCUCGGCUUAUGACGUGGUCUCCAGGCAGAAGGUGGCGGUGAAGAAACUCUCCAGGCCCUUUCAGUCUCUGAUCCACAGCCGCCGCUCGUACCGCGAACUCCGGCUUCUCAAGCACAUGAAACACGAGAACGUCAUCGGGCUGCUGGACGUCUUCACGCCGGCGGGGACUCUAGAAGACUUCAACGAGCUCUACCUGGUGACCAACUUGAUGGGCGCAGACCUCAACAACAUCGUCAAGUUUCAGAGGCUGUCGGACGAGCAUGUGCAGUUCCUAAUUUACCAGCUGCUUCGCGGCCUGAAGUACAUCCAUUCAGCUGGACUGAUCCACCGGGACCUCAAGCCAAGUAACGUGGCCGUGAACGAAGACUGUGAGCUCAGGAUUCUUGACUUUGGACUGGCCAGACAGACGGACGAUGAGAUGACAGGAUAUGUGGCGACACGUUGGUACCGAGCACCAGAGAUCAUGCUGAACUGGAUGCACUACAACCAGAAUGUUGAUAUCUGGUCUGUGGGCUGUAUCAUGGGAGAAUUGCUGAAAGGAAAAGUUUUAUUCCCCGGCACUGACUAUAUCGACCAGCUGAAGAGAAUCAUGGAGGUGGUUGGCACUCCGACACCAGACCUGCUGAAGAAGAUCUGCUCCGAACACGCCCAGAAGUACAUCCAGUCUCUUCCCUUCAUGCCCCAACAAGACAUGGAAAAGAUCUUCAGGGGAGCAAACCCACUUGCCAUCGACCUGCUGAAGCGCAUGCUGGUUCUGGAUUGUGAUGAGCGGAUCUCGGCCAGCGAGGCCCUGGCCCACCCUUACUUCUCGCAGUACCACGACCCAGAUGACGAGCCGGAGGCUCCGCCUUACGACCAAACGCUGGAGAGCAAGGACCGGACUCUGGAGGAGUGGAAAGAGCUGGUGUUCGAAGAGGUGAGCAGCUUUAAGGCGUCGGGCAGUAAGACAGACAGCCUCCAGGUGGAGCAGUAAGGCCCCCUCUGCUCCACCGCCACCCAGACCAACAACCACACACUCACUGGAUGCAAAACAGACCGUGGAGAAAAGCAACAUUAAUUGUGUUUGAUUGUUUUUGACGUGGAAAGGGCAACGGCGGUCUCCAUGGGGACCAGACGCACAAACCGGCCGCAGGGAUCGUGAUUGGGAUGGUGUUAAAAAGGACAUCUCUGCAGCAGAAAGUCGCUUCCUGUUACAUUUUUGCUGACGGAUGGUGAAAUGAGAAACCGUUUGGGUGCCGAAAGGAUUGGUGGGGGGAGGAACUUUGGGUUGCAGAUUUGUGCGUACAGGCUGAGAGAACGGUAAAGACAAAAGUAUAAAUACGCACACUAGGAUUUCCAAAGCAACGUCAGGGACAUAUCACCCAUCAGUUCCAUGAACCUAGUGCUUUCAUUUAUGGGAUUCAUCUUUAACCUUCUGGAGUCCCUUGGUUUGGUUCGCCACCGAAUACGUUUAGAAAAUGACAGAGAAAUUUCAUGAAUCAACCAUUUUUUAAAAAUAUUAUUGCCAUUUAUAACUUCAAUUCUCAUCAUGUAAUAACAGUUAUAAAGGUUUGGGAAUUUUAACCCUUUAAAUGUCUAUUUUAGUAAUUAAAUUUCUAAUUUUUUUAAGGAAAAAAAACCCACACAGUCGUAUUUUUCCCCCAAAUCUGUUUAUGAAAUUGAUCGAUUUACACAACAAGAAAAUUAUGAAAGAAUUUCAACACCAGGGAGAAUAAAAACUAAACUCCAACUACACUCAGAUUUCAUUGGCAGUGUGUUCUAAACAUGGCGUUUGAAUGGUAGUCAAUGGCAACACAAAUAUUAGAAGGAACCCAGUUUGUGAUAUUUGAUUUAUCAAAAACUUUAAAGGUAAGGUGAUAAAGAUUUCACCUGGUCAUGUGUAACACAGGCUGCGGGUUUUCCUAAACAAAAUAAUAAUAAAAAAAAGCCCACAAAGAACAAGUAGAGGGACCCAGAAGGUUAAAGGUUAAAGGUUGCCUGCGUUACACUGAAGCAUGAUUUAUUCUCAUUUUACAGUCGUGUCUUAUAACCGGUACUGUAUUGUAAUCUCUCUAUGUUUAUAAUGCACAAUAGCAGAAUUUUCAACUUGUUCAGUCAAACAAACUACUGCUUCGUCUCUCCUGCCUAUUUACACCUGAACACCAACUGUGCUGUUAUUAGCAAGGUAAUGAAUAUAUGCCAAAGCUGGAAGAGUGUGACGGCGCUGCAGGUGUGUGUUUACUCUGGAACCUCGCUCUCAUACACGUCCUGCUGGCGGCUGAUUGUUGGUCACCUGUUAGCUUUGGCUGCUUUGCUAUCAUUACUGCCCGUUUGUGAGUUUACAUUGAUUAAUGUUAAAUUCUGCAAACAGCCUCAGUCCGUAUCUAUCCAAUAAAGUACAGGAGUCUCAUAUAAUGUGGGGAUCAAUCAAACAAUGCAACGUUCUGGCUGUUUAUGGCCACCAUAAAGCUCUGUUUGUGCCCUCCAUGUCUAAAAGAAGGUCUUAAAAGAAAAUAGAGGGUCAGGGUCAAAGCAUUGUCGACUUUGUUUAAAUCCGUUUCUGUCUUUCAUCCUUAGCGCAAUAUUUUUGCCCGACAUCAUCUGAUGCAAACCCUCAAUUGAAAUGCAUGAGACGCGUGUAUUCGGUGCAUGUGCACAUUGUCACAGCCCGUCGUCCGUGUCUUGCUGCACACUGGAGUUUUGUUUGGACCAUUUGUUCACAAAAACAAAUGGCUACACUGCAAUACGUGAGGUUUCUAAAGCAGGUGGAAGAUUACAAUAUUUUAGGGCCCUUCUAGAGUUUGCUAGGGAUGGGCUAGUGUGAGAUUCACCCUCUUCUACAUCAUAAACGUCAUAAAAAUACCACAGUGUCUCUCUGUUUAAAAUGUUCAAUAUAUAAACAAUGAUAUUUAGUAAGGAUUGAAACAAUAUGGAAACGUCCUAUAAUAGUGCGACGCAUCACAUUCACUGUCACAUAACCAAACAGAUCCCACAUGACCAACCUCCUGCUUCUGAAACACAAACAAGACGGAAAUAAAAUCAGUCAUUAAUAUCAACCCAGUUUCACUCAUCAGAUCAUGUUAAAAAUGAUCAACAUCAGCAUAUAAACCAAUAUAUAUUGUGGAUUCCUAAAUUUUGUCACCAGAAAUAAAAAUUCAUAUCAUUAUCUAGUUGUUACAUGUCAGCUAUCAAAGUACAAUCGAAAUACUUCAAACAAAAUAACAUGGCAUAUUGAUUAUUACAGUAGUAUAAUACAGCAUAUACUUAUUAUUUUUGGUAAACAGACUAUUUUCAAAAUGUAGAACAAAUAUGUGGUAAAUGAAUCAGAUGAGUCAGAUGGCCAGCCGGACAUCCUGCUUGUAAAUUUAUGACUAUUGUUUAAAAUAGUCCUAAAAAGAGUGAUGUCUGGUGCUGCCUUGCUUUCCACUCUGCAUACUUUUCUCUUCUAGUCUUUUGCACCUUUUUAUUAAUAGGAAAAAAGUUUGUUUGGUAUUUAUAAAAACAGGUUUACACCAUAAUGUCGAGAGAUCUACAGCCGCUUGUGUAAUUCUAAAUCAUGUUAAAAAAUCACUGUAGUUUAACAGCAUGCCUGUACUACCCCAACUAUCAACAACUGUAAGUAUUUCCAAAUUGCCAAAUGUGUUUUUUCUUGUAAAGUACAGUAGUUUUAUUUCAGCCAGCUGACCGAGCUGACUGAAAUAACACCACAUCUGAAUAAAACACCGUCUUUUCAUAUCAUUAUAAAAAACUUUAAAUCAGAAUGGGAGAAACUUUUAGCAGCUUGAAUAUGAAAUAUUUGAUAUACCUUGAUACCAGUAACUGGCCCAUGCCUAGAACAAAUCUUUGUUCAUUAAAA